AAGAUCCGCAGCGGCGUCACGUGUCCAUAGCAACUGGUCGUCUCGCGGAGCCCGGCUGCGGUUCCGGUGAUAUUUCGGCCCGAAGCCCGUGACGCCGGAGCGGAGAGAUGGCGGAGAAGCGCCGCGCCGGUGACGUCAUCGCGGCCGACGCCAAGUCCCCGAAAGCGGACGCCGACGCGGAGUUCGUGUGUCAGCCCGAGGUCGGCGCUCUGCUCGGGGGCGCUCUGCUGGAGCUGCUCCGGUCCAGGCCCGACGACCCCGUGGGCUUCCUGGCCGAGCACUUCGCUCAUCUGUCGGCGGAGGCGGAGGACGGGGCCCCGGAGCCCCGGAGCGUGAGCAGAGCUCUCUGGGUCCUGAGUCUGGCGCAUCACUCUCACAGGUCGGCGUUUAACAGUAACGUGCGCGUGGCGUUCGAGCUGCUGGCGAGCGGCGGAGGAGGAGGAGGAGGAGGAGGAGGAGUCCGCGGGCGUCUGUACUCGGAGGUGCUGCGGAGUCUGUGCAGCGAAGGAGGUCUGUCGCUCUCCACCGCCGCUCCGCUGCUGCGCCGCGUCCAGAGCCACGACUACGAGCGCGUGCCCUUCCAGCUCUUCCGGCAGGGCGUGCUGACCUGCGCCGUGUUCGCCGACUACAUCCGCAAGUCGCAGUGUCUGUACGCGGCGGUGGCGAGCGCUCCGGACCGGCCCGCGCAGAGGACGCUGUGCCAGGCGGUGCUCUCCACGCUCCGCGAGGCCCUGGACACGGCCGACCGCUCCGACGCCGCGCGAUACCUGGAGGCCAGCGCCAAGAUCUCCCCGGCCAAAGUGGCGCAGGCCAUGGCCGAGGUCCAUCCGCCCGGGCAGCGGCGCGACGGACCCACGAUGGACGCGCAGGAGUUCGAGGACGCCGCCGCCGCGCUCUUCAUCGCUCGGGUCCGGACCGUGACCUGAGAACGGUUCAUGAGUACAUCUGAUCCAGGGGCGCCGAAACAGUCAUGCUUUAAAAUCGAGAUUCGUGCUCGGCUGAGGUACAGCUAGUCGAAAAAGAGAGAGAAAAGUUUUAGGGUUGCAUAUUACUUUAAAAACAAACUGCUUUUAUGCUCCAGGAUCACAUAACAAUAGCCAAAAACAUGAGAAAAUGCCAUCUCUGGACAGUUGCAUUCGGGUUUUUUGUUUUUGCAUUGUUCAAACGUAUGUGUUUUAUCAAACCAUCGACUUGUUUCCAGAUUAAUAUUAUUAAUAGAGUCUUAUGGCGGUGCUAAAGAAAACACUAUUUUGCGUAUUUGGUGUAACGCUAUGCCUUUGUGUUUUAAAUGCAGUUUCCAGGCGUUUCUUUCUCGCGUUAAAACGAUCCUAAAGUUUAAGAACCAAAGAGGUAUUGUUUAUAAAAGCGGUGACCCUUAAACGACUCUUUCGGACACGCCCCCUUUAUUUGCAUGACUCCGCCCACGUUUACUCAAAUAAAGCUACGUAACAUUUCUGCAAAACACUUUGCGGCCAAUCACAGCGCGCCGGAUAGCUGGCCAAUCAGAGCUCACCUCGCUUUUACGUAAUGAGCUUUAUACAGAUCGACUCGCUUCAGGAGGCGGGGCUUAGAGGAGAAUCAAUAACUGAUAAUAAAGUGUUUAGUGCACCUUAAACAUCACAUUACACCAAAUACACUAAAUGAUGUUCUCUUUAGCAACAUCACUCAGCUUCUCCAGUAACUGUGUCUUGGUUUAAGAGGAAAGGGCUUUGAUGCAACCUGUGUUGUUAAAAAUGAUUGAUUGAUUGAAACUAAACAAACAGCCCUGUUCUAAUGUGUUCGUCUGCAUGAAAUCAUGAUGUUAUCUCUUGAAGUCAGCCUCAGUUCAGGAAGUGUUUGUGGUGUAUUUCUGUUCUAGAUAUCUGAAAGCGCUCUGGUUCCUCUUUCUGAAGUUCACCACACAUUUUCUCCUCUUUCUGCUGCACAGAACUCAAAGAGACAUUUUAAGACGUUCAUUAGGUGAAUAAUUACAGUCCGAACAGAAAUAUCUCAUCUUUACAAAUUUGCUUGUGCAUUUGAAAACAUCACUGACAUUUAUUAAAAUCACACGCAGUACUUUCA